AUGUCGCGACCAGGGGCUUUGUCGACAUUCCAACACGUCGAGUUCCGCAACACACCAUUCGAGAACACAGUGAUACCGGGAUCCCCAUCCAAGUUCAACGGAUUGUCGCUGACAGCGGAGACAAAGCUUGGAGACAGUAUCUUUCUCGAUAGCCCUUUCUCCGGCUUCCUAGAAGGUACUACGCUAUGUCACGCAACUCUUCGGGUCCCUACUAGCGACGACCCAAGUGCGCCGCAGCAGAGCACGUGGAUAAGAUGUCAGUGGCACGACAUAGGCCAAGGCUCCAGCCGAGCGAUGAGUGAUAAGAUAUGUGGCUCGCCCAUCUUGAGUAAAGAGCACAAAGUUCAGGCGCUGUUUCGUUAUGCUCCUACGUUGGGCGUCUUCAUGGACUCUUGUUUGAGUGUCGCUGCUGACGAGCUUUUCAGUGAUGGGGAAUGA